AUGUCUGCAAAGGAUUUAUUGAUUUAAUUAUUUGGAUUGCCAAAAGGAGAAAUCAUCUUUUAAGAUUAUUCUUGUGCUUUAAAAGGCUUAAUUUCAAAAUAUGGAAGAAUAUUCAUAGCUGAAAAUCAUAUUUGCUUUUAUGCAAAUCUUGCAGGAAGCAAAACAAAUUUAGUGAUUAAAUUAGAUGAUAUUGCUAAAUUGGAUAGUAAAAAUAAGAGUGAUAUUGAUAUCACCUUAAAGGAUGGAAAAACAUUUUGUUUCAAUGGUUUUCAUGACAAAGAUUAAGUAUACAAUCUAAUGAAUGCUUUAAUAUCAGGUUAACCAUUAUCAAAUUAAACAACAUUCUAAACUACAACAGAUAGUGCUAGAGAAGAUGAUUCCUAAAUAGAAAAUGCUGAAGUAGAAAUUUAAUUUCUUUAAUCAGGAGCAUCUAUGGAUUAAGAAAUGUGUAAAUUCACAUUUUCCUUUAAUUUAGAUAAAUUUUUUGAAUUCUUUCUUGCAGAUGAUGCACUUGUAUAUUCAAUUGCAGAUCAUAGAUAAUCAGAAAAAGAUACUGAUAUUUAAUUAACUAAAUGGACUCCUAUAGAAGAUAAUCCAACAAUGUUCUAAAGAGAAAUGAAAAAUGUUAUUAAGUUAACAGGUGUUCCUUUUAAAGAUAAAAGUAAAAUGCAUAAACUUUUUACUUAUAAAAAAGAGGCAGAUAAAUUAAUUUAUACUUGCACUACUCAUACCUUAGAUGUUCCUUAUGGAAAUUGUUUUUAGGCUGAAGAAAAGUGGGAAGUAUCAUAAUUAGAAGAUAAUAAAUGUUUAUUGAAAAUAUUUGCUUCAGUUGUAUUUACAAAAUCCACAAUGAUGAAAGGUACAAUUAUGAGUAAAACAAUGUCUGGUUUAAAGGAAGAUUAUGAAAAAUGGAUUAAUAAUGUUAAAAUUAGGUUAGAAGCAAUGGCAAAAUCAUAAAAAUCAUAAGCAUCAAACAUCAAUCAUGAAUAUGAAGAGUAAUUAUUCUAUCUUAUAUUAGCUCUAAAAAAUUAGAUGAUAAUAUUUUAAACAAAAUAAUGUAAACAAAUCAAUCUUAAUAAUAAAAGUAAAAUAUUUCUCAAAGUUAAUUUUAUUAAGGGAGAAAAUCGGAAUUACUUUAUUUAUUAUCCAUAUUUCUUUUAAUUAUAAUUAUGCUCAUUUAGAUAGGAAUAUUAAAUAAAUAAUCAUAAAAACUUGAAAACUUAGAAUAAUUAGUAUUAAAAUUAUAAUAACAAUGA